AUGUUUAGGUUUCACGAAAAAUUGAAACAACUAAUUAAUCAACAAGUUGAUAUUAAUAAUGUGAAGAAAUCAAUAGAUUCUAUAGUAUCGGAAGUUUUAUCAGAGUAUGACAGUCAAGUGAUGCAGUCUAAGGAUAAUUUUAAGACGGAUAAAGUCACAGAUAAGAUAUAUUCGCAAAUGAAAAGUAGACUGGUGAAGAACAUACAGCAGUAUCUAUACAUGUUUAACCAAGAUUUGAUAAUCAACAUAAUCUCUGAAUCGCUGAAAGGUCAUGAACAAGAUUUGAAAAAACUAAAAGUGACACCAUCACUUGAUGAGGAUUUAUCAAAUUUGAUAACCAAAUACGAUAAUAAAUACUGCAAGGAUGUAAAAAAGGUCAAGUACAGUGUGCUGGAUAAUUAUAGAUUGUAUGAAGCAGUGACCAAGUCGCUCAGGUUCGACAUGAUUUUAAAUCUGAGGGAUUACUCCAACAGAAUAAUGGAAAACAUGAUAAGAGCAGGGAAUUACUACCAUACAUUCUCAAUCAUGGAUGGGAUCAGGUUCAUGCCAAGUGAAAACAUAAUUGGAGCAAUGAAAAAACUAAUUAGCAAAAUCAAUAUCCCACUCAAUAUAAGAAUAGCAUAUCUGAGUCCAACAGCAUUUGGAUUCUCCAACCUGUUCAAGUAA